AUGAGUUAUUAUAAGGUAUUUAAUAUAUAGUUAAAUCCUUAUUAGGAUCAUUUUCUCUUAGACAUUAAUUAGAGCUUCAAUAUCAAAAUUGUGAUAUCUACAAAAUAACAAUUUUAGAGAAAUUCAAGGAUAUAUUAGGAUGUUAGAAUUAAAAUUGAUUAUUACAACAUGGAUCUAAUGACUAUUUUGAGAAAAUCUAUGAUGAAAUAUGAAUUGUUUGAUUUAAAUUUAGUAUAUUUAUAAAACGAUGAUAAUCCCUAUAUCAAAGAACAAGAUUAAUGGGUAUUAGAUGAUGUGAUAGAUUUCAAAGAUACUUGGUGA